AUGGCUGAUCAAGAAAUUAAGUACUUAAGAGUAACUGAGGGAGUCCCAAUCUCUAACGAGACUCGUCGAUUAAGAUGGAUUGAAGACGAUCAGCGGAUCAUAAAUGCUCAACGAAACCUUGACAGUAGAAGGUGGCCUAUGGACGACUUUCUCUUAAAUGCUCUAACACCUCGACAUCGACAUAUCCUAGAAGCUGAAACUUUAGAUAUACCAAAUGAUCAAGAUAAUUUUGAAUUACCUGAUGUGGCUGAUAUUCGUGUUCCGGAAAAUGCUUCACCAGAUUUAGAACCUGUUGAAAACGAUAUACGGCAUCCAAGAGGCCCGCCGCAAGGUUACAGGCGUCGACAAGGUAGAAGAAAUGCAGCAGUUGUACCACCACUCAAUGAGCUUCUUCAGGAAGUCAACAACGAAGAUGACGGUGGUGGUAGAAAUCAAAAUAUUCGUCAGCCACAAAUACAGAGAGCAAAUGUACCACUCAAUGACCUUCUUCAAAUUGAUAAUGACAAUGGACUUGUUAAUGAAGAUCACAAUCAAAUACAACCGCAAUACCAACGACGAGGAAGACAAGGCAGAGCACAUGGACGUCAACGAGGAGCAGUUAGAAUAGCACCUUACGUUCGGAACAACGCCGUCAACGUGGUAGAAGCUGAGAACAUUGGUCGUCAAGAAAUUGUACAGCCUUUGCCGGAAGAAAUUCCUGUCAUGGAAAUGGAAGAAAUUCUUGACAUCGAAAAUGAUCGAAUUUCACUGAAUUCAUUUGAAGAAGAUUGGGAAUCUGAUAAUUCCAGGACUCAAUCACCGCUGGCCGAAAGGGAAAAUAUAGUUCCAAGGGAACCCGAAGCGUAUGCGGCAACUUCAAGAUGACUUCCUUGUGUUGUCUGUCUCGGCAAUGAACGAGACAUGUUAUUACAACCCUGUGGCCAUGUCUCUAUGUGCGUGGGCUGCUCAAAUCAAAUGGUGCGCGAAAGGAUGAAUUUCUGUCCAGUUUGCCGAGAAAACGUCGUAUCACGGACUUACUUACGUUUUUCAUAAAC